UUCAAUGGUAAGACCUUUACAUUUGUGUCUGAAAUAUUUAAUUUGAAAUUUAAAAAAUGAAUAUCCAAAUUAUACCCGAAACGGCUUCGUAUUUAUUAUUUCAUUCCACCGUAACAUUGGCCUGGUCGGUGUACAAUUUUGAAAUUUGUUCCCCGGAUGUCGCACCGUCCAACUGAGACGCUUGACGACACGCGCAGACCUCCAAGCAGACGCGGCGGCGACAAUCACGAACUCAGAACGCGCGGCACGGCCACGGACGUCUGUGAAGUCAGUGUCCCGCUGUUUACCUGAACGUAGCCAACCCCGCGCGCUCUCUCGGACAUAACCGAUACACGGACACGCGCAGCGGAGAGGCGGAAAAUUAUGGCGACGUUGGGACCGGAGUCGGCUCGCCCCCCUCUGGGUUCUUCUCCGUUAGUCCAGGCUCACAUCGGCAGCGCCAACCUGCCUCCCAACCGGGGCUUGGAGCGGGCGCUGGAGGAGGCGGCGGCCAGCGGCGUCCUCAACCUCAGCUGCCGAAAACUGAAGGAGUUUCCCCGGACAGCAGCCAACCACGACCUGUCGGACACGGUGGAAGCAGACCUGUCAAAAAACCGACUAACCGACGUCCCCUCAGAGGUAUGCCAUCUGGUUGCCUUGGAAACACUAAACUUGUACCACAACUGCAUCAGGUCCAUCCCAGACAGCAUCAUCAGCCUGCAGUCGCUCACCUCCUUAAACCUCAGUCGUAACCAGCUGGGCUCCCUGCCGGCCUGCCUGUGUGGUUUACCUCUGAGAGUCCUCAACGCCAGCAACAACAAGCUGGUCAGCCUGCCCGAGACCAUUGGACAACUGCAGAGGCUCAUGGAGCUGGACAUCAGCUGCAACGAGAUCACAGCUCUUCCUCGUCACAUCGGCAGACUCAAAGCUCUGCGCGAGCUAAACGUGCGCCGAAACCUUCUCUGUGUCCUGCCAGAAGACUUGGCUGAUCUUCCUCUGGUGAAGUUCGAUUUCUCCUGUAACAAAGUGUCCACCAUCCCAGUGUGUUACAGGAAGAUGAAACAGCUCCAGACUCUCCAGUUAGAAAACAAUCCACUGCAGAGUCCACCCGCACAGAUCUGUAUAAAGGGCAAAGUUCACAUAUUCAAGUAUCUGAGCAUUGAGGCGUGUCGCAGCGAGAAGAUGCCUGACUCUCUCUACCUGCCUGUCAUGGGGCGAAUCAACUUAUCAAGGCCCACCACUGGCAGUGUGGAAGACAUGGAGCAGCAGAAGAAGCAGGACAGUGACUCAGGAGUCGGCAGCGACAACGGAGACAAGAGACUGUCUGCUACUGAGCCGUCAGAUGAAGACAGUCUGAGCCUUAAUGUGCCAAUGAGUCACAUCACAGAGGAGGGAAUCGGCAAAGACGACUCGAGUGAACACAUCAGCUCUCUGACAGCAGACCCAAACUCUGACUCGGUGCAGCUGAUUGAGGAGAGCCCUACGGAAGCCCUGAGAGACCAGAACAGAGACUCUUCUCUCAGCACUCGCUUCAUCAACUACAUCAAGGGUAGGACGGCAGCAGACUUCGACGAGCCCCUCAGGAUAGAAGAAGACUCUCACUGGUCAACACAACAAACGUCAAAAGUCACAGGGGGCACAGAGCUCCACAUCGACAUGAUCAACCAGCUAAAAGAGGCUGUGGAACUGCUGCAGGACCCCAGCAGGGUGAACACAGAGGAAGAUUUGUCUGGAGUCCAGCUCUAUCCAGUGGAGAUGGUCACAGUGGACGAGUCACUCAACGGGCAGGACAGUGAUGACGGCGCCACAUCACCAAAGCAGCACAUGGAUGAAGGUGGCUGUGAGUUCCAGAAGAAGAGACAGAUGAUUCUAGAAAAGGCCAGGUUUGAAGCCCAGCUUGCGUGCCGGGAGUAUGAGUGGCAUAUGUCGAUCAAGCGAAAUGACAGAUCUCCAGUGAGCGGACCUCCAUCCUUCUCCAGCCCACCCUUUGGACUGAAACCUCGUUCGGCUCCACCCUCGCUGCCCUGCUCGCCCCCGCCUUCCUCUCUCGACCCCUCCCUCCUCCCACAGGCCUCGCCCCUCCAUAGAGAUACACCUCGUAGCCAUGACGACGGAGGCAAUCACAACCGGGUGUUCCUGCGGAGCCACAAGAGCCUGGAGUCUGUGGAUCCUCAGUUCACCAUGAGAAGAAAGAUGGAGCAGCUGCGGGAGGAACUGGAGCUCAUGGAGCAGCUGAGAGAUAGCAUCGAGAGCAGACUGAAGGUCGUCCUUCCUGAAGACCUUGGUUCGUCUCUGAUGGACGGCGUCGUGCUCUGCCAUCUGGCCAAUCACAUUCGCCCACGCUCUGUCGCCAGCAUCCACGUCCCCUCACCUGCAGUGCCCAAACUCAGCAUGGCCAAGUGUCGGAGGAAUGUGGAGAACUUUCUGGAUGCCUGUAGAAAAAUAGGCGUACCAGAGGACAAACUGUGUCUUCCUCACCACAUCCUGGAGGAGAAAGGCCUGGUCAAAGUGUCCAUCACGGUGCAGGCUCUGGUGGAUGAAGCCUCCCCCAGACACUCUGCCCUGACGUGAGCAGUAAAGAUGGGCGGAGCUUCAACCGACUGACACGUACCACAGACACUCACCCAGAUGAAAUCGCUCAUGUGAUUUCACACAACGCUAAAAAAAAGCCUCCGAUCCUUCAUGAGCUUAAGUAACAGAGUGGUUUUUUGUUUGUUUGUUUUUUAAAAUAGUAUUCAAGGAUAAAAAAUGGUGUUAAGGGAACUAAACCCAUCAGAAGUGUAUUAUCUACUAAUUCAUAAGAGGACAGUUUUUUUGGACAAUUAAGAUUUUACCAUCGUGCCAAGCCAAGGGUGUGCUAGGAAACUCAAAUUAUCUUUUUUGUUUGUUUGUUUGUUUGAUGUCAUCUUCUUACACUGGUUGGUACCAAACUUUUGAACCAUGAAGACCAAUGUGACAGAAAGUGAGAUUGGAUUUUGAGAGUAGAACCAGAAAAGUUUGGGGAAAAUAUCACAAAUAACGUGAGAGAAAAGGCUCAAAGUUUAGAAAGUGUCAUAAUAUAUUAUAAAAAAAAUAUAGAUUUAUUCUUUUGAAAUAAUAAUUUUAAUCUUAAAUCUGCAAUUUGGGGAGGAGGGGGUUUUAUAAUUCUUCCAUUCAAUUAUUUACCUCAAUUUUCUUUCUUUUUUAUACAACUUAAUUGGUAUAUUCUUUAAAAAAAAUGCAUCUGUGUUCUCAAAAUCAAUGUUUUCGUUCUCUGACUGUGGCUCUGGUAAUGUGUUGUUUUAAAUCCACGAUUGAACUCUAAAUUGCGAGUGGAUUGGCUGGAGCCAAAGCCUUUGUGGCGUACUGCAGUUGCACCAACUUCACCAGGUUAUAUCAUGGUGUCUAUGCACAUGUUAACAAAUGAUUUUUAUUAAAUUAUCAGUUAUGUUUCUACAGAUUUUUUUUUUUCCUACUGAGGUUUCUGGUGAAGUGUUUUUGGACUGUGUGAGUAAUUAGUGUGUUGCUCUCACUACCCUGAAAAGAAUAAAACCAAAAUACUUUAGUCUUAAUGUAGAGGGAGUCGGCUUUUACCUGCAGUUUGUAUUUAAACACGAAACUAUUUAUAAUAUAAAGAGAUGCAGAGAAAAUCCGCUUGAGUUGUUAUAUACAGUCAAAAAGAAAGAAGGCCAAAAUAUUUUUCUCUAAUAUAUUUUAGGUAUAACUUUAUGUGUUUUAUACAUUUUUAGUAGUAUGACUUUGUGUGGAGCUGUCUGCUCGUCCAUGAGGCAGGUCUGAGUGUGCGUUAGUCUGGGGACACUAAUCUGUGUUUCUCAAGCUUCUGAUGGAUUCCAGGUGAUUAUUUUCUUACCCUCUAUCCUUUUACGCGUGUUGGUAGUCAGUGCUCACAUAAGGAACCUGGAAACGUUUUCAGACUUGGUCCGUGAAGCUCCUAUUGUGGUAUUUGUCAUGAGAUGCAGUUUGCUAAUGUGCCAAAACAUGUGGUGGUAGUGGAACAAAUGAACAAACAAAAGCAAAAACCAGUCAGUGUUUCAAGGGAACAUUAUGCAUCACUGUGGUCAUGGAUGGAUUACUGAACAGGCCUACAGUUACAGGGACCCACGGUCAGGGUGGCCCAGCUCAGAGCCCCAAUUUGAAGGGAUCAGCUAAUUUCAUCUGGAACAUUAAAAAGAAAAAGAAAACACAGACCCAGGGUGACUACAAAGAGAUAAAAAUCAGUGACAAAAGGUCACAAAACAACCCACCAAAAAAUGGUAAUAACAGUGACUCACCAUAACUACAAAGAGACAAAAAAUGAAUGCAAAGAAACAAAACCAAAAGUACCCACAAAAAGAUAAAAAAACUGACUCCUCAUAACUACAGAGAGACAUGACUACAGCCAGACAAAACAAAAACUACCCGCAAAGAGACACAACACACUCAACAUGACUACAAAGAGACACACAAUAACUAAGAAUCUGCAUCUGUAGAGACAGAUAAUAAAAAACAACAGAUGGUCACACCACAACAACAAAGAGACAGAAACUAACCACAAACAAACAAACAAGCUUUAUUUGUUACAUACACAAUCAUACAGAGUACGACAUGCAGUGAAAUGUUUUGUGUCCGAGCUACGAACAGGCUGCAGACGUAGCCACGCCAUUCCAGGGCUUUGUUUUUUAGCAUGGGCGGUCUAGCCAGGACCCUUACUGUAUACACAACAAGUGACUACAAAGAAACUGCAAAAAACACCACAGAGAAACAUUGCACUAAUACACACAAAACGACUUCAAGAGACGACAAAUAGACAACAUCCAUGAGGACAAACAGACUGACCAAAAAAACAAACCCAUUAUACUGUAAUAGACUAGAGGCUCUGGAUGAUGUCAUUCUCCACUGUAGAAAGGGUCUGCGCCCGGGGGCCUGUUGUUGAGUAAUAUGUCUAUGUCUGAGCUUCAGGCCUCGUAGACCACCUGAAACUGUAUGUGACUUUUAUAUUUCAGGUGUGUGUGAAGACGAGAUUUUCAUGUAGCCAUCGCCCUAGCUCAGACAGUCUCAGCUAGUUAAGACUCUACCAUUUUUUUAAACUCUUAAAACACUAUGUUAAAAAAAACAUCCCUAGGUUUAAAAACUUGAGUCUAAUGAGGUUUUUGCUGCUUAGCAGUCAAUAUGAAGAUGUUAAAAUGAAACGCUCCUCUGCUGAACAGUUGAGCACAUGAGGGGCUCGUGAGUGAACUGGUUCUACCCUCUGAGGUUUAGGCCAGAGCUGUUGGUGUGUGAGAUCAGAGACUGUGUGACUCAGGGUAGGUUUGGGUUUACUACACUGUUGGCCCUUCAUUCCACAGCCUGCUACGUCAACAGUAUCAGUGUGUGUGUGUGUGUGUGUGUGUGUGUGUGUGUGUGUGUGUGUGUGUGUGUGUGUGUGUGUGUGUGUGUGUGUGUGGGUGGUCAUGGGUGUGUGUGAAAUCAAGGCAGUUGCUGGUUGGUCUUUUGAAACAUGUGGUUGUGCAGACCUGGCUCAGACUGAGAUUUUAAAGGGGUAGUAGGAAGUAUUAUUUUGAAUAACAUUAUUAUGGACUUUGAUCAGCCUCUGCUGUGUGAUUGCAUUGAUACACAACAGUUAUGUUGUACUGUUUGGCAGAUUUACUUGUCAGACAAGUGCUGGACUUGUUUCUGAAACUAAGGUUUAUGCUAUACAGCAAGUUUAACAAAGCUACUUUUUCUUUGCAUUAGCUGGCUCGGCAAAACCUGAAACCACAGUCAUCACAUAUCACAACACUGUUAUCAGCGUCCUGGGUUAACACAGGCGUUCUGCUUCAGGCUCCGGGUGUGCUAGCAUAAAAGUGACUGUGGGACGCCUGAUUUGACUGUUUUUAUUCACAAAAUAAACCAACCAUGUACUGCCUACUGCAGUCUUAUCCAGGAAUGUACAGGAUAUAAAAUAAAUGACCAGUUAGUUAUAUGUUUAGCAUAAGUUACCAUGGUCAUUAGACCAGAUUUUUAAAAAGGGCUGCACUUGAGACAUUCGCUAACCCAAAUCUUCUUACUGCCCCUUUAAAACAAGCAUUACAUUAUGUUUUCCUCCUAAAUGCCAGAAUGUCACCACAUGAAACAGCAACAUUCAACAACAUUGUAUGAAUGGGGGAUUACAUUUUUGGGUUUGUUUUUUUUUUUUUUUAAUUGUUUGUUGUUGUUUUUUCCUGUGCAGCUUGGAAUCCAAAGCUUGAGCUACUUAAAUAUUCAGCAGUAAUUAGAAAGAACUCCAUAAUAAAUAGAUAAAUGCUUCCACUGGAUAGAUUUGACAGUUGCCAAAACAAACCUUUUUCUCUCCUGUGAUAAAACAUAAAGGAUUUAAUGUAAAUGUGCUGUAUGCCUGUGUACAUAUUAUUUAUCACAAGGAUUUUUUGUAUUGUUGAAUUUGUUUGUUCAUGUACUGUAUAUUUCACCAUGAAACACUCACAUUAGCAAAUAAAAAGCUCAAUGUUUUUUUUUAACCUAGAGAUUAAGUUUGUUUAAACAAAAACAGACCAUAAUUCUUCCAUCAAUAAAUCCAUUUUUCUGCCACUUAUCUGUGCCACAGGGGCAGCGGUCUAAGAGGACCGAUCCUAUCUUCUCUGCUACCAGCUGCUAUCUUAUCCAGAGGGAGACCGAGGGGUUCCCAGGCCAGUCAAAAGACACGAUCUCUUAUUUUAGUCCGAUGUCCUAAUCAUCUCAGCUGGUUUACAUAGACUGCGGGGGAAAAUUACUCAGAUUGACGAUUUCUGAUUGACGGAGUUAUGUGUUUAAGGGAGAGCUCAGACAUCCAUCAGAGGAACCUCAUUUCUGCUGCUUGUAUCAAUGAUGUUGUUCCUUCAGUUGCUGCCCUGAGUUCGUGAACAGGGUAAGAAUGUACUCAUUCAUCCCUACAAUGAGCUUUAGCAACUGUGGAUCAGGAUGCCAGUUCCCCUACUGCUCACUUUCAACCAGCCCACAAAGUACUGAAUGGGGUGCCACCCCCUACUGGGAGUGCCAUCACUACUGGGGCCCCUACUGCGGCUACUGCCCCUGAACCCCUCUCUCUGAGUUAACUGGUCUGAUGGCUUCUUCUACGUAGGGGUGUUUUAAAUCAUUCUUAGCCUGUCCCCCUCACCCUACCAUUGCUCCUGGGAUCAUGCAGGCAUGCAUACCCCUCCACUCCAUAAUAAGUUGUUGAUUCAUGCAGGGAAACAUACUUAUUACAUUCUUAAUAACAAUGUAAUAAAUAUUAAAUAUAACACAGUACAGUGAGAAAACUACCACUAUGAGGAUUAGCAUGUCGGCUUUAGCUGUGACAUAAGUAACAGAGCCAGAUGAUUCCAGCGUGCUUAUUUUGAAUCUCUAUCUGCAUUUCUUCACAUAAUCAUGCCAUUUUCCACAGAUCUGUGCACAUCAUGUCACAGCGUUUUGGGAAAAAGCAAUAAAACCAAACUGGCUGCUUCCCCAACAGAAUCUGCACUUUAAACUUGUAUUUAUAUCUUUGUUUUGGCAACUGAGCAAAUCUGAAGUCACCUUUGAAAAUGAGAUGGAGAGUUAAAGGGCCAGUGUGGGGGGUUUACUGGGAGCUAUAAGUAGAAAUGUAAUAUUUACUUGUGUUAUUAUAGGUCACCAUCAAGUGUGAGAUCAGAAGGAACAAACCAAACACUGUCUCUUAAGAGGGCUAAAGAGUGGCGAUGCCACUAAAUCCUACACACUGAUCCUUUAAGGUUCCAAACGUGACGCUGUUGUAAAAUAUGUAAAUGUGUGCCUGCUGAACCUAAAGCAGUGUGUGUUUUUGUUUUAAGGUUUCAUCUUUUGUACAAAUCUAUUGUCCAGAAACAGCCUGUACUCACAUUUUUGUACUUUGACUGGGAGCACAUUUAUUUUUUAUGUGACUUAUUUUCAGGUUUGUUGAAAUUUGGAUGUAACAUACCCUUUUGUAACGCUUUGUGAACCUUUGUGUAAGUUUUUGUUGUACAGCAACUCAAAUCUACAUGCAUGAAUAGUCCCUGUAACAUCGCCUUAACUGCUGUGAAUACUGUAUAUACUGUACUGUAUUUCACUUUAUCAGUAAAGACCUCACCUGAAACAAAA